AUGAAGUUCACCCUAGGCCUGGGGUCGCGGGCGUGGAGAGUGUCCUGGGAGCGGGCGGCGGCGGCGGCGGGCGGCGGCGCGCUCGGCAGCGGCUCACGGCGCUCUUCCAGCCCGCGGCCCGGCCGCCGCGGCUCUCGGCUCGCGCGCGCCCUCCCUCUAUGCCUCUCCCGCGGCGGCGGCGCCCCAGCUCUCCCGGACCGCGCCGGGCCCAGCCCCGGCCGCCUCGGCGCCAGGCAGCCGGCCGGCCCGCGCGCCAUGGAGCAGACGUACGGCGAGGUGAACCAGCUGGGCGGCGUGUUCGUCAACGGCCGCCCCCUGCCCAACGCCAUCCGCCUGCGCAUCGUGGAGCUGGCGCAGCUGGGCAUCCGACCCUGUGACAUCAGCCGGCAGCUUCGCGUAUCCCACGGCUGCGUGAGCAAGAUCCUGGCGCGCUACAACGAGACGGGCUCCAUCCUGCCCGGGGCCAUUGGGGGCAGCAAACCCCGCGUCACUACCCCCAACGUGGUCAAGCACAUCCGGGACUACAAGCAGGGCGACCCCGGCAUCUUUGCCUGGGAGAUCCGCGACCGGCUGCUAGCCGACGGCGUCUGCGACAAGUACAACGUGCCCUCUGUGAGUUCCAUCAGCCGCAUCCUGCGCAAUAAGAUUGGCAGCCUGGCGCAGCCCGGCCCGUACGAGGCGAGCAAGCAGCCGCCGCCGCAGCCGGCGCUGCCCUAUAACCACAUCUACCAGUAUCCCUACCCCAGCCCCGUGUCGCCCACGGGCGCCAAGAUGGGCAGCCACCACGGGGUCCCGGGCACAGCGGGCCACGUCAGCAUUCCCCGUUCAUGGCCCUCGGCUCACUCGGUCAGCAAUAUCCUGGGCAUCCGGACGUUUAUGGAGCAAACAGGGGCCCUGGGGGGGAGCGAAGGCGCCGCCUACUCCCCGAAGAUGGAAGACUGGGCCGGCGUGAACCGCACGGCCUUCCCCGCCAGCCCAGCCGUGAACGGGCUCGAGAAACCUGCCUUGGAGGCAGACAUUAAAUACACGCAGUCGGCCUCCGGCCUCCCCGCGGUGGGCGGCUUCCUCCCGGCCUGCGCCUACCCGGCCUCCAACCAGCACGGUGUGUACAGCUCGCCGGCCGGCGGCUACCUCGCCCCGGGCCCGCCGUGGCCGCCGGCGCAAGGGCCCCCGCUGGCGCCCCCCGGGGCCGGCGUCACCGUACACGGCGGGGAGCUUGCCGCAGCCGUGACCUUCAAGCAUCCCAGCCGAGAAGUGGCCGACCGGAAGCCGCCCAGCCCCGGCGGCAAGGCCCCCGACGGCCUCGGGAGCUUACACGGACUGCCCGUCCCGGCCUCGACCUCCUAG